UGGGGUGGGGGACAAGCACGAAGCAGGGAAGGUGUCACAAAGGACUAUCAUGGUCCAUCUGGUAGGGAGAGAUGCUGAGAUUCCAUUUGUUUGGCUGCGUGACCAUUGCCGCUGUGAAGUUUGCUACAAUGCUGUCACCUUUCAAAAGAAUGUUGAAAACUAUGUGUUGACAGAAGAUCUUGCUGCAAGAGAGGUCCAAAUGAAUGGAGAAUGCCUGAAGAUAACAUGGCAAGAUGGACACAUUUCCACGUAUAGCCUUCAGUGGAUUAGCCGCAACUUUUUUCCUCAACAGGAGAGUAUUGUAAAGCAAUUUCUUUGGGAUGGGAACCUCAUAAAGUCACAAUCUCUUCCAUGUGUUCCAUGUAAUGUCUACUUGAAGACUGACAAGGGACUACAAGAAGUGCUGAGCAACAUUCUGAAGUAUGGUUUCUGCAUUGUCAAUGAGGUAUCAGUGACAGAGGAGAGCACUGGUACUGUGGCUGAACGAAUCUGCUGUAUUCUGGAGACUGUUUUUGGCAGAUUAAACACUGUAAAGCCAGAUCUCCAGUUCAAUGACACUGCCUACACCAGUAUAGCUAUUGGUGCCCACACAGAUACCACUUACUACACACUGCCAGCAGGGAUUCAGCUAUUUCACAUUCUGCACCAUGAUGGAAAGGGUGGAGAGAGCUUACUUGUGGAUGGCUUUAACGCAGCUGAAAAACUAAGGGGAAGUAAUCCGAAGUAUUUUGAAACACUGGUGCGGACAGUGAUUCCUCAUGAAUUCCAAGACAAAAGAGGACACCACUUGUAUAGUUUGGGAACUGUCUUGUCUGUGGACUCCUGCACACAACAGCUGACACUUGUCAGGUUUAAUCCCUAUGACAGAGCUCCCCUUAACACUGUAUCAGCAGAAGAAAUUCCCAACUUUUAUGCCAGUUAUGAUGCUCUGAAACAGAUCAUCUGGAAUAAAGAUAACUACUUUUGGCUCAAGCUGCAGCCUGGCAUGGUUCUCUUAGUCGAUAAUUGGCGAGUUUUGCAUGGGCGUUCAGCCUUCACUGGCAACAGAAUCUUCAGCUCCUGUUAUCUGCCUCGAGAUGAAUGGAGAAGUCGAGCGAGGAGCCUAGAACUCUUGUGAAAACUUGGUUAAAGAAUGCUUUUCUACCAUCACCUGACCAUUUAAUACAUUCUGUGCCUCUGGUGCACUUGAAUUAAAACACUGCGUGUAUUACUGAGUAAGACCAAAGUUAUCAGUGGUAAUUAAUCAGAGCACUUUUGUUAAAAGUUAAAUGCUUCUAACAGCAAAUUUUUUUUUUUAAAAUAAAAGUUCAUGAAGGAUAUUAAGUAAAUACAUGUUAAAAAUUGUGGAACUUUCUAUACAGCAGUCUUAGAGGAAGAGGCAGCUAUAAAUUCACGACUAGAAUGUCCUCUUCAAAGUAAUGGGCAUUUUACAAUAAAGAGAAAUUUGUCAGGCACUUUUGCAUGUACAGCCACUGAUAGUGAUCUGUUUACAUGCCUUGGAAUAUGAACUAGUCACAAAAACUUUUAUGGCCAAAUAAGUGCAUUCACACCAGUAAAAUAUAUAUUUUCACUGCUGCCAUGCACAGAAAGCAAACUUUCCCUGAACUUUAAUAACUAUAAUAACCUGGUGGGAGUUCACAAACUUGUUCACUUUGCAGUUGAUGAUGAUGCAUUUUAUAAAAUUAAUUUUGCAUGCCUUUAAAACGUUACAGAAGAAAGUAAAUACACGUCACAUAAGAGCUUGCCUGACUGUAAAACUAGUGAAAACAAUGUAACAAGCUCAUUCAGUACUAUGGUCAUCUAAGUUUAUUUUUUCAUAAAUGCAGAUUAUUUACAUGGAAUGUAUAAGACAUCAUAUCAUUCAGUCAUUAUGUAGGACGCAACCCUGAUGAAUCUUUCAUGUACAAUACAUGCCUAACAUUUGUACUUGUAUGAACAUGCACAUGUACACACUUUUGAACACACACACACAAAUGCCUUCACUCAACAUCAGUAAAUAUUCAAGCUUCUCAUUUUCCAGUCUUUGUUCCGAAAAAAUGUCUUUCUUGGACAUACCAACUGACGCAUUAUCAGCAUAACAUCUUAAAAAAAGUAACCUGAGUGCAAAAAUUAUUUUCAGAUAACUAGCCGUAACUCAUUGGAAGGUAUCAUAACAUUUGACAGCGUAUUAACAAUUCUCAACUGCCCACUUCCUACAAUGCUGUAGUAGUAUACAGUCUGUUAUGGGAAUGCCUCAUUAAAAAGUCUUGCAAAGCUC